AUGUUAAGAAGAUCGGCGGCAGGAUCAAUUGCAGUAAAUGACGAGGAUCCCUCCUGUUCUAACAUGGCUCAACCAGAGGAAGGCAUUCCACUUGAAAAUGAGGUGAUUUCUCGGUUACUCUACCAAGUCCGUGACAAUCGUGAUCAACGAGAACGACUAUUUCAAAGGAGAAUAAAAGACGGGAGUGAACCUACUUGUGAGCUUGCUGAACCUGUGAAUCAAACUGUUCAACAGAUUGAAUUAAGCUUUUGUGGUACCGUUUUUGAGGAUUUGUUGAAAUCAGAGGAGUCAGAAAUCCAAAAGCGUCUUGUAAAAAAGAAGAGAAGAGAUGAGAUUGUCGUUCCGAAACUGGAGAAACUAACAAUCAAUGUUGAUGCGCCUUCAAGUAGCAGCGCUCCACUUUCCGAGUGUCUUUUGGCUGUUGGAACAAUUCUCCCUGGAACGGUAUCAAACAUUGAACGCGCAGCAAGAAGAGAAGCACACGUAAUGGCACGUGUGGCCGAACUUAAACGUCAAGGCUUAUGGUCGUCAAAUCUACUGCCACUUUGCGUUGAACCCCAAAGAAAAACCACACAUUGGGACAACUUGUUGAAAGAAGUCGUGUAUCUCGCUCAUGAAUUCAAGACCGAGCGCAAAUACAAGAAAAAAAUAGCAUCAAAGUUUGUUCGUGGUGCAAUGAAACGAUGGCAAGAGUUGGAUAAAAAGGAAGAACUUGCAUUGGAGAAGGAUAAAAAGCAUGCUAUGAAAUCAUGUGCAGCCGUGGCAAAGAUUGUCAAAGAUUUCUGGGCGAAAGUCAAUAAAGUAGUUGAUGCCAAAGCAAAGAAUGUGAUCGAAUCUCGCAAACGAAGGGCACUGAACAACCAAUUGACGAUGUUGAUAGAUAAAGCUGAUAAAUUAUCUUCAAUUGUUGGGGAUGGUUUGCAACAGAGUGCGACGCCUUCGGUUAACUCUGAUGUUGUUGCAGAUCAAGAAUAUUCUGAAUCAGAUACUUCUUCUGACAAUGAGGAUACAUUUGUCAAUGCCGAAAGAAAUUGCACAGAAGAAGAUGUUGCUCAAGAAUUGGAUGCGCUGCAAAAAGAUAGUGUCGUUGAAUUUGAUGAUUUUUUAAGCUCGUUACCACCGGAGUAUCUCAAAAUGUUGAUGGAAAAUCAGAAAAAUGAACAAAAUUUGGAAAAGACCGUUGAGCCAGGUCCUAUAAAGGAAGUCAAACAAGAAGUGACAUCAAAAAAAGAUAAUUCUAUCAGCAGUAAAAGGGCAGAGCUUGAAAAUCUUGCUGACGAAGCCAUGCUGUUUCAGCCGAAGGGAUUUUCAUUGAAGACAACUCAGAUAAAAACACCGGUUCCUCCGUUGAUGCGAGGGACGCUUCGUGAAUAUCAAAUUGUUGGUCUCGAUUGGCUGGUCACUCUCUACGAAAAGAAUUUGAACGGAAUAUUGGCGGACGAAAUGGGACUUGGAAAAACAAUUCAGACGAUCGCCCUUUUGGCUCAUUUGGCUUGUGCCAAAUACAAUUGGGGUCCUCAUCUGAUUAUUGUGCCAACUUCGGUCAUCCUCAACUGGGAAAUGGAGUUCAAACGAUGGUGUCCCGCGCUUAAAAUCUUCACUUAUUACGGGUCAGCAAAAGAGCGGAAACUUAAGCGAAAGGGAUGGAGUAAAGAAAAUGCCUUCCACGUUUGUAUAACGUCGUACAAAACCGUCACAACGGAUAUCAGGAUUUUCAAGAUGAAAAAAUGGCAAUACAUGGUUCUCGACGAAGCGCAAAAUAUCAAAAAUUUCAAAAGCCAGCGAUGGCAAGCGUUGUUAAAUGUGCGCUCAGCAAAUCGUCUCUUGUUAACAGGAACUCCCUUGCAAAAUUCUUUAAUGGAAUUAUGGUCAUUGAUGCACUUCUUGAUGCCCGAACUUUUUGCUAGUCACGAUGAUUUUAAAGAAUGGUUCAGCAACCCGUUGACUGAUAUGAUGGAAGGAAACGUGGAAUAUAAUGCACCGCUGGUUCGAAGAUUGCAUCAGAUCUUACGUCCAUUUAUCCUGAGACGCUUAAAGGGAGAAGUCGAAAAGCAACUCCCGAAGAAAACCGAAAAAGUCAUCAAAUGUUCGUUGAGUAAAAGGCAGCGGUAUCUUUACGACGAUUUUAUGAGUCAGCGAAGCACCCGAGAAAGUUUGAAAUCUGGUAACAUGAUGUCAGUGCUAAAUAUCAUCAUGCAACUACGAAAAUGUUGCAAUCAUCCCAAUCUUUUUGAGCCACGUCCUGUUGUUUCUCCAUUCAGUUUUUUUGGAGGAAGCAUGACCCUGCCUGGUUGUAUCAUGGAGUUGUUGGAUCAACGUAUUCCAUUAUCUCUUGAUUUGCGCGAUCGUAUGCUUGGAUGGAAUACAAAGGGGAUUUCUCAUAACUUUUACACCAAGGAAAGCAGGAACAAGAAUAGCAAACCGCCUCUUGCACUCGAGUUCUUUUACUCUCGUGAAGUUCGCACUCAUCCACCAAAAACUAUCCCAAAAUGCUCUUGGCACCCAAUUAGCAUUCCGAAGAUUCCUGGUUUUCGAUUUGUUCGCGCUAUUCCCGAUAAACUUCCAACUGCUGUCAUGCCUCCACAAGGGUCUUUGCAAAUCACGGCGGCCAAUCAGAAUUUAGGACUGAAAAAACGUAAACGGUUCGCUGGGAUUGAGGAUGGAGAUGAAGAGAAUCAAAAAGAGCCGAAGGAAGAAGGACAGUCAAUCUCAACGGAACCAAAUCCUAGUGCCGAGGAAGGCGUGCCUGCAAAAAGAUGCAAAAGAAGGAGAGGUCAGAAACGACAUGCCACUAAGCUUUUACGGCAAAAAGAAAAAGGGGACUCAUUCGACUUAGCUUUCCGUGAGCUUAUUCCAAGAGGGGCUGUGAAACGAAUUUUUGAAGAACGCGAACAUCAAAGGCAACUAUUGCAAGCAAAUAAUCUAACGGAUCCGCUUCUUUAUAACGAAUUGCGUUGUCUUCUUCGAAAUGAAAUAAUGCCAGUCGCUUCGAGAUACGUUUGUGAUUUGAUAGCCGGAAAAACUUUAACUAAAAUAAUGGACGAAAGAAUAGGGCAGGAUUUACAAAGAGUUCAUUUCACCGUUCCAAACGCUCUUUGUUACGAAAGUCGCACACUCCCAAGUCCUGGUUGCUCCUCCUUUUAUUAUCACAAUGAAUUGCUGCAGAGGGAAGCUUGUCGCUUCGUUAUGAAUGAUGUGAAAGAGAGAGACCACGCCUUGAUAGCCAACCAACGAAUGCUACUACCUGAGUUAAGGCUCAUUGAAUACGACUGCGGCAAGCUGCAAGUAUUGAGUCAGCUCCUUCGACAACUUUAUCUCUACAAACAUCGUGUGCUCAUCUUUACUCAAAUGGCCCGUAUGCUUGAUGUCUUGCAAGCGUUUCUUUCCUUUCAUGGAUAUCAAUAUUUCCGUCUUGAUGGCUCAACCGGGGUUGAACAACGGCAUGCUAUGAUGGAAAGAUUCAACACCGAUGAACGAAUAUUUUGCUUUAUUCUGUCGACAAGAUCAGGAGGUGUUGGGAUCAAUUUAACCGGCGCUGACACUGUCAUAUUCUAUGAUUCUGACUGGAACCCAACCAUGGAUGCACAGGCUCAAGAUCGAUGCCAUCGAAUUGGCCAAACCCGACAUGUUGCAGUCUAUAGAUUGAUAUCAGAGCGGACGAUUGAGGAAAACAUCCUCAAGAAAGCGAUGCAGAAGCGGCGCCUGGGAGAAAUUGCGAUUGACGAGGCUGGAUUUACCCCGGAGUUUUUCAAGAAACCGGACAAUCUUCGUGAUCUUUUUGAGGAUGAAACAAUCAAAGAAGCUAUUCCUGAAGAAAUUGUGAUUCCUCGCGAUCAACAAGAGCUCAACAAGGCAAUGGCAAAAUGUGAAGACGAGCAAGAUGUGUUAGCAAUUCGAGAAUUGCAAGCGGAGGUUAAAGCCGAGAAAGCUGAAUUUGAAUUGAUAGCGAGCGGUGCUGAUUUGAGCCAGCUUGACGAAACUACUCGAGAUGAUGACGACUACAAAGAGCUUUUGGAUAAGUUAUCACCAAUUGAGUGUUAUGCAAUUCGAUUUCUUCAAGAAGACAAACGUUCAUUUUACGACACACAACUUGAAGAAGCAGAGAAGGAAUUGGAACAAAAGAAUGUCGAAACGAAAACCCGGCUGAAGGGACUAGUGACAACAAUGGAGGCAAGCCACGACGAUGAAUCAAUGACUUUUCAAGCUGAUACCCUAAUUGAUGAGCUCCUGUUCAACGGACGAGACUUUUGCGAUGAGUUGCCGAUUUGGCUUCCUCCGAGCCCACCCAAUUCUGAUGUUGAUGAACUUUACGCAAAUCCUGGUUUUGAUCUCAUGUAUGAAAUCGAUUGGAUGCACAAAGAAGAACUUCCGCUUGAGAUUCUCGAUUUCUAUCGACCGCUCGAAAAAUAUCAAAGGCUUGCCAAUGAACGAGACCGUGACUCCACUCCAACUGCUCUCUCUGAAUCGUCACUACUCGAUGUGCUUCCUGAAUCACCGAUUCCAAUCGAUGAAGUCUUUGGUAACUCGCCCAUUCCAUUCAUGGACCAAGAAAGCUCGGUUGAUGGUGUUCCGAUUGAAAGUGCGAAUCAAAUUAACCAUCAUGCCAUGAACAAUACCGAAGCAGCAGUGAAUACGAUUUUGGAAGAUGCCCUCGAAGUCAUCAAACACUCUUCAAUGCAACCAAUGGCUGCCCAGCGAAUGCGAAACACUUCUCGUCAGGUAGCAAGUCGACAUCCAGAUCUGCGACGACAUCUAACUCCACCACCGCUACAACGAGAACAAGGCGACUAUGAUGGCCCACCAUGGACUGAUUAUGAGGACAAAGCACUUCUUCAGGGAAUUGGUACUCAAGAACGAUUGACGCAUUUGCCAUCCACCUCUCAAACGAUCAACUGGGACUUUGUCGCCGGAAUCGUGAAAAUGAGUAGCAAUACUUAUAGGUCACCUAAGCAAUGCUUUUUGCGAUAUCUCUAUCUUUCACCCAUGGAGGAAAUGCGAACAUUGUCUACCAUAUAUCCUCGUCUUCAGAACAAAAAUCUUGGCUUCAAUGGAGAAUCAGAUCAAGACGAGAUGCGAAAUGAUCCAAUGUUGGAAAAAUUACACACCGAACGAGGAGCUUUCAUUUAUCAAGGCAUGUCACAGAAAAUGCGAGAAGCUAACAAAGCUGUCAUUACGAUCGCCCAUCUAUCGCGAGAGCGGAGACUUUUGAUGCCAUCGGGAAGCAUUGUUCCGAAUGACCAAGCAGAUCGGUUAAGAGAUUAUGAUGUCAACUAUGAGGAAACGAGCAGUCCUUUAGUUCUGUUAGCAAUUAAGGAACAUCGCCGAGGAACAAUGGCUAAUGAAAGACGUGAUCAUUACUCGAUAGCCAAUAGCUUGCAGCAAAACGCAGAAGAGGAUCGGGAGGCUUGGGGUCGAGAAAUGCGCGUAAUCCGACGACCAGCGGCCAUAAUAUGCCCACAAGAUAAGAUUAACGUGGCUGAACGAAGAAUUGUAAUAGAUGUGCCACCAUUGCCAAAGCCAGUUCCUACCCUCUUUGAAACCAACAGACCGCCGACUGAACACAAUGUUGCCAACCAACAAUUGGCUCGACGGGUUGCGCUAGCACCACAUCAACAAUUGCAACAAGGAAAUUAUACUGUUUUGGUGAAUAGCAAUGAUAAUGCGAUUAACACGAACCGUCUCUCGACUUAUGCUCCAAACACCAACUCUGGUCAACAAAUUUAUAGGACGAUUGCGCCAGCUGCACAAGCUACAGCUCGCCGAACUCCUCCGCAACGGAUGCCUGUUGGUUUCGCACAACAAGGAAAUGGUGCUAUCUCUCCUUAUCCUGGAUCAGACGUUCAACAGAUGAGAACCAUGCCACAAACUGUACGCACUCCGCAACAGCCUGGGCAACGGGUGAUCCAACGGGUAGCACCACAGAGCUCGCGGAUGUAUGUGGGCAGCGGGGCUCCUGUGGAAAGACACGCAAUUGUCGUGCAGAGCACACCGCCGAUGCGAGUGGUUAAUCGAAAUACUCAACCAGCACGUCGCCCUUCCCAAUCAUCCCACCAACUGCAGCAACCACAUCAACAACAGCAGCAAAUGCCGCAACAACAGCAGCAGAUCGCGAUGCUUAUUCAACAGCGAGGAGCUCAAGGUGCCGGAAACCAAAUAAGGAACAUGUCAAGAUUUCCAAACCAAGCUCCCGGUGGUCCUCGAGUGACGAAUGUUGUUACUAUGGGGCAUCCGAUGACUCCGCAAACUUCGCAACUGCAGAUGGGACAGGCAUCUCAGCCUAUGCAAAGAAAUGAUCCAGUGAUGCAAAGACAGAUACAACCACAAUUGAUGCAUCAACAAAAUAUACAGAUUAGUCGACAGAUGGCGCCAAAUGUGCGCGGAUCCUUGCCGACGGUUUUGAAUCCGAUUUCACAGCGACAAAGCCCACUCACGGUUGCUUCGCACGAUUCUCCUCAGCAUUUUACAGGAAUUCCAUCCACGCAGCCACAACCCCCUCAACCUCAUUCCCAACAUCUCAUCUUGAACCAACCAAACAUGCCACAGGUUCAAUAUCGAUCGUUGCCUGGACUACUGCCUCCACAAGUUCCUCCUUCCGUUGAACCUUUGCAGCCGCCAGUUACUCAACCCGAUAGAACUAAC